AUGGGCCCAUUGGAGAAGAUGCUCACCCACAAGCCUGACACCCUGAGCUUGAUUCCGGGAUUCACAAGGGGCUCUCGUGGGGAUGCUGUUGAGAAAGCCACCCUCUUUCCUCAUCGGGUGAGAUACCUGAGGUCACCGGGGCCCGAGCGCGCCAGCCUGUGCCCAGCAGGCGGCGGCCCCGGGGAGGCGCUGAGUCCCGGCGGAGGACUGCGGCCCAACGGGCAGACCAAGCCGCUGCCCGCGCUGAAGCUGGCGCUGGAGUACAUCGUGCCGUGCAUGAACAAGCACGGCAUCUGCGUGGUGGACGACUUCCUGGGCAGGGAGACCGGGCAGCAGAUCGGCGACGAGGUGCGCGCCCUGCACGACACCGGCAAGUUCACGGACGGGCAGCUGGUCAGUCAGAAGAGUGACUCUUCCAAGGACAUCCGGGGGGACCAGAUCACCUGGAUCGAGGGCAAAGAGCCCGGCUGCGAGACCAUCGGCCUGCUCAUGAGCAGCAUGGACGACCUGAUCCGCCACUGCAGCGGAAAGCUGGGCAACUACAGGAUAAACGGCCGAACGAAAGCCAUGGUUGCUUGUUACCCAGGCAACGGAACAGGCUAUGUCCGUCACGUUGAUAACCCAAAUGGAGAUGGAAGAUGUGUGACGUGUAUAUAUUAUCUAAAUAAAGACUGGGACGCCAAGGUAAGUGGAGGUAUUCUUCGAAUUUUUCCAGAAGGCAAAGCCCAGUUUGCUGACAUUGAACCCAAAUUUGAUAGACUGCUGUUUUUCUGGUCUGACCGGCGUAACCCUCAUGAAGUACAGCCAGCAUAUGCCACAAGGUACGCAAUAACUGUUUGGUAUUUUGAUGCAGAUGAACGAGCAAGAGCUAAAGUAAAAUAUCUAACAGGUGAGAAAGGUGUGAGGGUUGAGCUCAAGCCCAAUUCAGUCAGCAAAGAUGUCUAGCAGGGCCUGGGGUCCAGCAGUACCCGCGUCACCUACAGCCUCUCAGUUGCCUUCUGUGGACUCGUGGAUACGUGGACAGGAUGAACAGAGACACCUGCCUGGUAUUUCAGCUGGGAGCCAGGCGACUUCACCAGGUGUCAUCCAACAGAGGGCCCCAUCUGCUGGGACUGUACUGUGUGGUCAGCUCCAGAUCUGUGACUGCUCUUGGCUGCUGACUGGAGAGGAGACGCUGUCGGAGGAGAGUAGCUUUUCCAUCUGGACACGAAACGAGGGCCCUUUUGUAGGAUUUUCUUCAGUCUUCUAUUUUUGCCAGACCUGUCACCUAACUGAGUUCAUUUCAUCUCUUUUUUAUAUCAAGUUUGAAUUCGGGGAAUUUUUGUAUUAGGUACAAUUUAUCAAAACUGAAUUAAGGAAAAAGAAAUUUACAGUAUUAUUCUCAAAAUAACAUCAAUCUAUUUUUGUAAACCUCUUCAUGCUAUUAAAUUUUGCCCUAAAGGCCUCCUACGAUGGUUGUUGCCAGUGAAUGAUGAUUCGUUUCUUCUGCCUGAAAGUAAAAGGAAGGACGCUGUGUCCCAGCUCAAGUUCAUGAGGGUUUUCUUGGCCCGUCUCUCAGUGAUUUGACCUAACAGUAGAUGGUCAGUACCGCGCCCAGCUAACUCACAGUGAUGAGAGGAAGCAAGCCGCAGGAAACGGGUUUGUCUCUUCAGUUAAUUUUUUAAAGCUAAGUGACAGGCGCCAAAUGAACUCAAGCACCUCCUCGGCUUCGGGUUCCCAAGACAAAGGGCUUUCUUCUGCGGCGGGCCUAGCCUGUCCACAGCCGUGUCCCACUGCCGCAGAUUCCCCUGUGGCUUCUCCUUAGUUUGACUGUACUUCCUGACCCUUCCAGGUUGGGGCCGUGUUCUUGUGGCAGAGCACCUGGUGGCCCCAGGCACAUGGAUGUGUGUGGUUGUCGCCUUGAUUGUGGUCAUCAGCUCCUUGGACAGUGUGAGCCAUGUUCAUAACCAGUAAUGAAGGCCGUGUGCUAGCUUAGAAAUCAGAAGAGUUAUAAGAGCAUACUCUUUUGUUUUAUGGGUUUUUCUCUUCUUAGAGGACAGAGGGACAACCACACAAGGUUGCCAGACUCCUGUCCCCUCUACAGUCCCCCUUAGAAAGCCAGAGUUUGCACAGAUUGUGGGUGUAACUCCUGUCCCCUUAGGUGUUCUGUCUCCGACCUUGAUCUUUGCCAAAAUGUGUGUAUGCAGAACUAUUUCUGUGUAUUUCCCUUUACACCAGUCUUAGCACCUGUGUAGUUUGUAUCCAGUUAGAAACCUUUUCUAUGGAAAGCUCAGUAAUUCUUAUUAAGAGAUUGCUAUUGUUCAUGUAAAACAUGAAAAAAACCAAGUUAAGGCUGAGUAUGGAUGGGGGCUCAUGGCAGGAAAUCUCCUUCUGACCCAUAUCCUCCGACCACACCUCUCCAGCAAGUGCCUCUGCCGCUGGCCAGCUCAAGGUUUGGCCGCCCGGCUCCGAAGCGCCAUGUUGUUUCAUGGUUGGGAGGAACUGUUUGGCGUUGGAGGCAGAGGGUCUGAUUGACUGGAACAGCAGCAUUUUAAAUUCUGGAGACCCUGUAGUCCUUUGUAUCUCAGACCUUUACUGACGUAAAGGUCCCAGGUUCUACGGCAGGGCAUGGGGUGGGGUUAUGCUUGCCAGACAAAAUUUAAAUUAUAUAUCUUUUGGAAAGUGUGUGCUUUCCCAGAGGUCACUGUGAAAAUAAAAAACAAGACAAGAAAUCAGGAGAGUUAUUCCCUUAAUGUCCACUUAAAGUCAACUUCAUGUUAGUGGCACUAAGCAGGAUUCUGCUCUAAACCAUGUGUGGCCUGUCUGUGUUAAUCCUGGUGAAAGAGAAAGAUUCACGACACUGUUUCAACACAUUAAACAGGCAGGGCACGUCAGGAUUUGCAUAGAGAUUAAUGUGGUCUGGAAGUGGUGUGAAAAUGAAAGCUCUCACGUUGCUUGUAAAGCUAAUCUAAUUAAAAAGAUGUAUAAAUGUUCUUGGAAAAAAAAAACAUAAUUGUUGUCACCUCCAGCUGUCGUGUGUUUCCCAGCCUGUUACGAUGGGCUUUCUCUGAGAGCCCAUUGAUCAGUUACUCACUGCCGUCCAUGUCGGGUCUAGUCCACACAUGCAGCAGUUCCCUUCUGUAAAUGACAGAGCAAGCAGCCCGGAGAUGCUCCAGGUGCAGAGACACGGUGGUCGGUGGCCACGCCCGCGUUCUCAGUACUGGCGUUCCUUCUUUCUCGGUAAGCUUUCCUGUUGCUUUAAGCCCCAAAGCUACCCUGUGCUGCUGAAGGAGGGGGUUUGGUACACACACCUGCAGGGCCCUUGGUAUGCAGCUCUACACACGUUUGAUUUUCAGUCAUGUGCAAAGACACAAGAGUUUCGGGCGAAGUAAUAGGACCUAUUGUAGCUCCAAGAAUCUAGUGUGGUGGGUGUGGUGACACACACCUUUAAUUCUGGCGCUCGAGAGGCAAAGGCAGGAAGAUUUCUGUGAGGCUGGCAAGACCCUGUCUCCAAAAGCCCAGCCGUCUGAGUGUGGUGUUGAAUGUUGUAUCUUCUCAGGGCAUUUGGGAUAUGUUACUAAAAUAUGCAGUGGAGUGGGUUGGAGGAUGAGUCUAAGCGUGGCCAUGAAAUAAAACAUAGAAUUGACACUC